AUGGUCGUCCGGGGACCACGGGAGCGCACUGUAUACGAUGCGCUCUGGAGAGUUGCGGCCAUUAAAGUGCAUUUAUCUAAAACAGGUGAAAAGGAAGCGAUGGUGGUCAAGAACGAGUAUGGGGAGAGCUACAAGCAGGAUCUCAAGGCCAAUAACCUACGAGGUCAGUUCUAUAAGUGUUGGGAUCAAUCGGGUGUUCAGAGUAAUAUCCGAUUCGACUCCAGGGGCAACUGCAUAGAGUCUGCUAUUCAAUAUGCCGCAGAGCCCGGUAGCAUUCUGGACUGGUCAGCGGAGAUUGGGGAGCUGAAUUCCACCGAGUAUACAACAGGGUCAUCCAUUAAUGCGAUAGGCCGCGCCUGGCAUAUCGCUACGGCGCAGGGUGAUGGUAUCAUUAAUACCUUCGACGUGGCUGCGGUUGAAGAAGGUUCCUACUGCUGCUAG